UUGAUAUAUGCAUUUUUUGAAAUCUGAGGUUCUCAUUCUAACCUAAAUCUUUUCUAGCCCAAGUCUUUUCUUUUUUUAAAAAAAAAGAAAAGUGAACACCUCAUAAAUAUAAUAUAUUUUAUAUAAAACGUGCAAAAUGACUGACUUGUCAGACUUUUCAAGCGGAAAAGAUUCUGAACUUCAAGACUUUUUGUUAGUGGAAAAGCAGAAAGCUCAAUUCCAUGCUCAGAUCCAUGAAUUCAAUGACUUUUGCUGGGACAAGUGCGUCGACAAGCCUGGUUCAAAGUUGGACUCAAGAACGGAAACAUGCCUUACUAAUUGUGUUGAGAGAUUUAUCGACGUGUCUCUACUUAUCACAAAUAGAUUUGCACAGAUGCUGGAGAAAGGUGGUGGCAUGCACUGAAAAUAAAAAACUUGUAAUCAAAUCCAUAUUGUUAAAAUAGUUAUAUGAAUGUUGGUAAAGUUGUAGUUUGUUAGAAUUGGUUAAUACAAAAUGUUGUUAGAAUUGGUUAAUACAAAGAAUAAUUUGAGCAUGCUUUUUUCUCACAACUUUUUUUAUUAUUGUAUAAAAAUGUUUUGAAAUAAAACAAAAAAUGUAAAAGCAAUACAUAUGUUGCUUCUAUUGCAGACAUAAAUAUAAAUCCUAUUUUAAGUUUAUG